AUGACACACGCGGUCGAACGGUUAAGACGUGCGUAAGCAAUAAAAUUGGCGCGAAUUAAAAACCAAUAAAUCGAAAUUUAAAAUGUUUAAUUAAGUACACCCAAAAAACGCGUUUAUAAAAGUUAUUUUUAUCUUGGUGUCAUUUUAUUACGUGUUAUUGUGCUUGCCGAAAGGAAUUAAUUAAAUAAAUUGGAGUAAACAGAAGGGAUAAUAAGCAUUUUGGAUUUUUAAAUCAACAAAGUUACAAAACGGUGAACGGAAUCAUGUCUGAAAACAAUAUAAACUUCACAGACGACGUCACGACUAGCGCGGAGCCCAGCGAACUAUCCAAAUUUUCACCCGGCUUAUUGACGUUUGCAGCUAUAGCGACUGGCAUCAUUAUGCUUAUCGGCUUAUUUGGAAACCUGCUCACCGUGGUCGCGCUGCUCAAAUGCCCUAAAGUAAGAAAUGUGGCAGCAGCCUUUAUUAUAAGUUUAUGCAUAGCCGACUUCCUGUUUUGCGCCAUGGUAUUACCGUUCGCGAUAUCCGGGUUCUGGACUAGAACCUGGUCUCAUGGGGUCGCCCUCUGCAAGCUAGUACCGUUUCUUCGAUACGGAAACGUCGGCGUGUCCUUAUUAAGCAUAGCGCUUAUAACUGUCAACAGGUACAUUAUGAUAGCUCACCACAGUUGGUACGGCCGCGUUUACAGAAAACACAACAUAGCCUUGAUGAUCCUGUUCUCGUGGAUGUUCUCGUAUGGAAUGCAAAUACCUACUCUCAUUGGAAUUUGGGGGCAAUUCGACUACGACCCCGAGUUGGGAACUUGCUCAAUAGUUCCAGACGAAUUUGGACGUUCUUCAAAGACAGCACUCUUCGUGAUCGCGUUCAUAGUUCCCGCUUUGCUAAUCUUGAUAUGCUACGCUAGAAUAUUCUGGGUCGUACACAGCUCAGAGCAAAGAAUGCGUGAACAUCAAAGAUCCCAACACAGCAAUCCGGGAACAUUAAACAACAGUACCGUAGACAAAAGAUCGACGAUCAAAGACAACAGAGAGUCUAAGGCGAGACGAAAUGAAUGGAGGAUCACAAAGAUGGUCUUAGCUAUAUUCCUGUCUUUUAUUGUUUGCUAUUUGCCUAUUACAAUUGCAAAGGUCGCUGAUGCUCACGUACAUUAUCCAGUAUUCCACGUAGCGGGCUACUUGCUACUGUACGCAAGCGCAUGCGUGAACCCGAUCAUCUACGUGAUAAUGAACGCGCAGUACCGCGCGGCGUACGCGGCCGCCCUGUGCUGCCCUCUGUCCCGGCUCUCGGGCCUCACCAGCGGUGCGUAUCCUUCCUCGCCCGCAUGCCAACACGUCAUCAGGAAGACGGACCAAAUGGAACGAGCGUCACGGGUACAGCUUCAGCAACACACGAACGGCGCUCAGCCAAGUGUCACUGGGCGAGUCGAGAGCAGACCCUCGACCGGCCCCGGACACGUCCGUCCGUGGCUCAAGGUAGACGACUCACCCACCGGGACCAGGCCGCACGGCUCGCCGCUGAACAAAAAAAGAGACGUCGGACCCAAGGUCACCAGAUUCCAGAUCGUGAACCACGGCCCAAGGAAGGAGCAGACGAAAGUUUAGCAGCCUGUCGUUCGUUGUAGAACGUGCCAAAGAUUUUACAACAUUGACUUGUUCUGACCAAAUACUCAUUUAAUAUUUAAUUUGUAAUAUGAAAUCCAAGUACGAUUUUUUUUAAAAUUCUAGACUAUAUAAAUGUUCCGUCCUAUAACGAACGACAAGGUAUCUAAGAUAUUAUGCAAGUUAAAUUAAUUAAACGAUAAGUGGAAAGUAAUUUAUAAUAAUAAUAUAGUUAAACAGGUGCCCAUCUUAAUAAUUUAUAACAUUUUCUUUUUAGUUUUAGUUGUGCGUAACUGUCUUCCGAUAGUGUUUUAAUUUUACUUUGAAUAAGACAAAAUGGUUGUACUCGCAUCAGUUUUAAGUUUAUUUUUAUUUACAACAUUCCAUUCACAAUUCACUCAUAAAUAAUGUGAAUUAUCUAUGCAAUUCACGUAUUAGUGAACCUGUCAAAAAAGUUGACGAAUGAUAUUUUAAUUAUCUUUAAAUGUACGGUAGGUAGGUAUAUGUUGGCUAAAAAACAUUUAUGUAUGUUAUAACCAUGUUAUAACUUGCUGGCAAUUCUAAUUUCUUUAAUUCUGCCAGUGUCAAAUCAGAAUUACUUUUUUUAAGAUUUUUUGGACUGGUAACGAGAUCUUUAAGUCAAGUUAUCUUUUUUUCUCAAUUGCUGUUAUAAUAUAAAAAUAAAGUGAAAUGAAAUCAAAAUAAAUUGAUUAUUUUGAGGCGUUAAUAAAUUCGGAUGAAAUUAAAUGAAACGAGAUGAGGUGGGAUGAAAUAUAGUCUCAGUAAAAUGAUGAUUUUUUACUGAUACUUUUUCAGUGAUCUUUUUGGUAGAACCCGAGAAGCUUCGUACAGCGGCUUUACACAGUUAAACUUGAAAAAACAAUAAAUGACCAAAAUAAAAAAAACAACUUCGUUCCUCGCGUUGCCGCCAAAAAGUUCUCAUAGAAAGAUCAAAGUAAAA